CGGCCGGAGGGCGCGGAGGACGCCACCGAGGGCAGCGGGAAGCGCAAAGAUGCGGGCUGGGAAGGUGGCUACCCCGAGAUCGUCAAGGAGAAUAAGCUGUUCGAGCACUACUACCAGGAGCUCAAGAUCGUGCCCGAGGGCGAGUGGGACCAGUUCAUGGGCGCACUCAGGGAGCCCCUCCCGGCCACUUUAAGAAUCACUGGUUACAAAAGCCACGCGAAAGAGAUUCUUCAUUGCUUAAAGAAUAAGUAUUUCAAGGAAUUGGAGGACCUGGAGGUGGAUGGCCAGAAAGUUGAAGUUCCACAGCCACUGAGUUGGUAUCCUGAAGAACUUGCCUGGCACACAAAUUUAAGUCGAAAAAUCUUGAGGAAGUCACCACAAUUGGAAAAGUUCCAUCAGUUUCUGGUCAGCGAAACUGAGUCUGGCAACAUCAGUCGGCAGGAAGCUGUCAGCAUGAUCCCCCCGCUGCUGCUGAGUGUCCAGCCGCACCAUAAGAUCUUAGAUAUGUGUGCAGCCCCUGGCUCCAAGACCACGCAGUUGAUCGAAAUGCUGCAUGCUGACAUGAAUGUCCCUUUUCCAGAGGGCUUCGUUAUUGCUAACGAUGUGGACAACAAGCGUUGCUACCUGCUCGUUCAUCAAGCCAAAAGACUGAGCAGCCCCUGCAUCAUGGUGGUCAACCACGAUGCGUCCUGCAUACCCAGGCUCAUGAUCGACGUGGACGGAAGGAAGGAGGCACUCUUCUAUGACAGAGUUUUAUGUGAUGUGCCUUGCAGUGGAGAUGGCACUAUGAGAAAAAAUAUUGAUGUUUGGAAAAAGUGGACCACCUUAAACAGCUUGCAGCUACAUGGCUUACAGUUGAGGAUUGCGACCCGAGGUGUCGAGCAGCUUGCGGAGGGGGGGCGGAUGGUGUACUCCACGUGCUCACUCAACCCCAUUGAGGACGAGGCGGUCAUAGCAUCGUUACUGGAGAAAAGCGAAGGCGCCCUGGAGCUCGCCGACGUGUCCUCCGAAUUGCCAGGUCUGAAGUGGAUGCCGGGAAUCACACAGUGGAAGGUAAUGACGAAGGAUGGACAGUGGUUCGUGGACUGGAAUGAUGUUCCUCACAGCAGACACACCCAGAUUCGGCCCACCAUGUUCCCCCCAAAGGACCCGGAACAGUUACGAGCGAUGCAUCUGGAGCGGUGCCUUAGGAUAUUACCACAUCAUCAGAACACUGGCGGCUUCUUUGUGGCCGUAUUAGUCAAAAAGUCUCCAAUGCCGUGGAAUAAACGGCAAUCCCAGCUGCAGGGUCGAUCUGCACAGGCCAGAGAAGCUGCCCGGUCGGGCCCUGCGGACCUGGCAGAGGGGAAGCCCCCAGACCCCUCUGAGCUGGAAGGUCAGUCAGUCCCUGAAACUGACGACACAGAAGUAAUUCAAACAACUGAGAAUGUAGAGAAUAAUGGAAAUAAGAAAGAUGGCGUGUGUGGCCCUCCUCCGUCAAAGAAAAUGAAGUUAUUUGGAUUUAAAGAAGAUCCAUUUGUAUUCAUUCCUGAAGAUGACCCAUUGUUUCCACCUAUUGAGAAAUUUUAUGCAUUGGAUCCUUCAUUCCCAAAGAUGAAUUUGUUAACUCGGACUACAGAAGGGAAGAAAAGGCAACUCUACAUGGUUUCCAAGGAACUGAGAAACGUGCUGCUCAAUAAUAGUGAGAGGAUGAAGGUUAUUAACACGGGUAUCAAGGUCUGGUGUCGGAAUAACAGUGGUGAAGAGUUUGACUGUGCUUUCCGGCUGGCACAAGAGGGAAUAUAUACACUCUAUCCAUUUAUUAACUCAAGAAUUAUUACUGUAUCGAUGGAAGACGUUAAGAUACUGUUGACCCAGGAAAAUCCAUUUUUUAGAAAACUCAGCAGUGAAGCAUACAGUCAAGUCAAGGACCUGGCAAAGGGAAGUGUCGUGCUGAAGUAUGAACCGGAUUCUGCGAACCCAGAUGCUCUGCAAUGUCCCAUUGUGUUAUGUGGAUGGCGGGGAAAGGCCUCAAUUCGAACUUUUGUGCCCAAGAAUGAACGGCUUCAUUAUCUCAGGAUGAUGGGGCUAGAGGUGUUGGGAGAAAAGAAGAAAGAAGGGGUUAUUCUAACAAAUGCCAAUGCGGCCAGCUCCGAGCAGCCAGAGAAUGAGCUGACUGAGGAGCAGAGACCGGAAGAGGCCGAGCUGACUGAGGAGCAGAGACCAGAGGAGGUGGAGCUGAGUGGGGAGCAGAGAACAGGAGAGGCCGACGGCCUGGACGGGACGACGUGCUGUGAUUCUGCUGGGGCCGACCCGCCCCGGUAAGGCGGCCGGCAUGUGGCACAUGUGAGCUGGCCUCGGCCUUGGUCCUUGGUGGCUCACACCAAAUCUAGGACUUGGAACCUGUCAAGUACAUGUUAUAUACGGAACGCUGAUGGGAGGCCGGGAGGAGCCUAGCAGUGGUCAGUACUGCCUCCGUAUUGAGCUCACAGAAAGAUAUUUUUUUAGCAUCUUAGAAAUUACUGCUCAUUUUACUGUUUCUCUGGCAAAGCUGUGUCUAGUGUGUCUGUUGCUGGUAAUAGACUCACCGUUAAAGUCAUACUUCUGUCAAACACAACUGCCCUUGCAGAAAUUUCAGGUCCCUUUGGUAUGCCUGUAUUGGUCUUAAGGGCCUGCGUUUUUAAAACUGUAUGUGUUGAAGGGAUGUCUACCUCCUUAGGAGUUCUUGGGGGACGGUAUUAUGAGCUUUAACAAUUGCCCCGAGUGGCACAUCAGCAGUGUGACACUAGAAAUGCAGUGGGACUAAUUUAACGAUCUGAGGCCUCAGACGACUUCUGUGCCUUUGUAAUAAAAGGUCAAACAAACUUUCUCAGAAUAAGGCAGCGUUAUGGAUUUGAUACUAGUAAGGGGGUUUUAUGUGAUCUUACUGAAUUAAGUGCUUUGCCAUUUUUAUUUUUAAAUGGGGUUUGGGAUCCUUGGAAUGUUUAAAUAAAGACUUAUUAAUGAUAA